UGUAGAUCUGGGAGGAGGGAUGAAGGCAGGCUCACUGAAAUGCUACGUGUCUUGCAGUUUCAAACUCCUCUUCUUCCCGAUUAUUGCCAGCGAAUAAACUAGCAAGCCAGUUCGCUAGUUCACCUCAAACAGGCAACACAGGCCGGUCAGCCGUCGGAAGUCCAUAAGUUCAGAGUCCAUCAGAACAUUAGUGUGUACUAUGUCUGGAAACAAAAAGCAACGAACGGAUCUCCAGAGAUCGACCAACGUGGUGUACCAGGCUCACCAUGUGAGCAGGAGCAAGAGAGGCCAAGUGGUGGGCACCAGAGGAGGCUUCCGAGGCUGCACUGUCUGGCUGACUGGCCUGUCUGGUGCUGGGAAGACCACGGUUGGCUUUGCUCUGGAGGAGUACCUGGUGUCUCACGCCAUCCCCUGCUACUCGCUGGACGGGGACAACAUCCGGCAUGGGCUCAACAAAAACCUGGGCUUCACUUCCGCGGACAGGGAGGAGAACAUCCGCCGCAUCGCCGAGGUGGCGAAGCUGUUCGCUGACGCCGGCCUCGUGUGCAUCACCAGCUUCAUUUCCCCCUUCACCAAGGACCGAGCCGAGGCCAGGAAGAUCCACGAGAGUGCCGGGCUGCCCUUCUUCGAGGUGUUCGUCAACGCGCCCCUGGAGGUGUGUGAGCAACGGGACGUCAAAGGACUGUACAAGAGGGCCCGCGCCGGAGAGAUUAAAGGCUUCACUGGAAUCGACUCGGACUACGAGAAGCCUGACGCCCCUGAGCUGGUCCUGAAGACCGGAGAGAUCACUGUGAAUGAGUGCAUCCAGCAUGUGGUGGAGCUUCUGAAGGAGCAGAACAUCGUACCCACUGGCGUCAUGGAGGAGGUGAACGAGCUCUUCGUUUCCGAGAACAAGCUGAAUCUUGCAAUUGCCGAUGCCAACACUCUACCCACCCUUAGCAUCACCAAGCUGGAUCUGCAGUGGGUACAAGUGCUAGCUGAAGGCUGGGCCAGUCCUCUUAAGGGCUUCAUGAGAGAGAGGGAGUUUCUACAAGUCCUGCAUUUCAGCACACUACUGGAUGGCGGCACCAUCAACCUGUCUGUGCCGAUCGUCCUGCCCGUUUCAACCGAGAAGAAGGAGAGCCUUGACGGCUGCGCUGCCUUUGCCCUGGAGUACAAAGGCCGGAGAGUGGCCAUCCUCCGCAACCCGGAGUUUUACGAACACCGCAAGGAGGAGCGCUGCUCCAGGCAGUGGGGAACCUCCUGCCCGCAGCACCCUUACAUUAAGAUGGUAAUGGAGAGUGGCGAUUGGCUGGUCGGCGGUGACCUGGAAGUCCUCGAACGAAUCAAGUGGAAUGACGGCCUGGAUCAGUACCGUCUGACUCCCCGGGAACUGAAGCAGAAAUUCAAGGGGAUGAAAGCAGACGCCGUUUUCGCGUUCCAGCUCCGCAACCCUGUCCACAACGGGCACGCCCUGCUGAUGCAGGACACCAAGCGGCGGCUGCUGGAGCGCGGUUACCAGCGCCCGGUGCUGCUGCUCCACCCGCUGGGCGGGUGGACCAAGGACGACGACGUGCCCCUGGACUGGCGCAUGAAGCAGCAUGCCGCCGUGCUGGAGGAGGGAGUACUGGACCCGGACUCCACCAUCGUGGCCAUAUUCCCCUCUCCCAUGAUGUACGCCGGGCCGACGGAGGUGCAGUGGCACUGCCGGGCACGGAUGAUAGCCGGGUCCAACUUCUACAUCGUCGGCCGAGACCCUGCAGGCAUGCCCCACCCGGAGACCAAGCAGGACCUGUACGAGCCCACACACGGGGGCAAGGUGCUGACCAUGGCCCCCGGCCUCACCUCUGUGGAGAUCAUCCCCUUCCGAGUCGCUGCUUACAACAAAACCAAGAGAGCCAUGGAUUUCUACGACAAGGAGAGGCACAGUGAGUUUGAGUUCAUCUCCGGCACCCGAAUGAGAAAGCUGGCAAGGAGCGGCGAGAACCCACCCGAUGGCUUCAUGGCCCCCAAAGCCUGGAAGGUCCUCACCGAGUACUACACCUCUCUGCAGAAGGACCAGUGAACACACAUCUCACUCCCUGGAAAAAAAGACCUGAGGUCUCCCUUCAGCACAGAAACGGAAACAUUCCUAUUUUAUAUUCUUCUUUAAUUCUUCAUGUUUAAUCUUCAUAUAUGAAGGUCUGUAGUCACACAUAUUUUAUAACUGUAAAAUUGUCUUGUAUUAGCAGUAUGAUUGUAUUUUUACCAUCUGAUUCUCUGAUUACUCCAGCAGUCUGAGACAGAUGUAGAGAAGCUGAUAAAAGCAAGUCUCUGCUGGUUAAACCACAAAAUUUCAGCACUUGCCAGUUGACAGCUGAAGAGAGCUGUCGUUACAUUGCACACAGUACUGGUAAAUGUGAGUGCAUGUGGUAAACCCCCACAAAAGACAUGGUGAAAUGGUGUGCAACACAAUUAUUUCUCACCAUUUUAGGGUUGACCCUACAUUUACACUCUGAAUGACCCUGUGCAGAGUUUGAAAUGGUAACAAUUUAGACUAAUCAUUACCUUUCACAUUCAGUUAUGAGCCAAGUGAGAUUACUGAAGUUACAUUCAUGAGCAAUCAUGUAUUUCAUGUAUGGAAAUUUGUGGCAUUUUUGUAAGUAUUAAGUUAUUAUUCUUGAAUGCUUUCGUGCAGCAUCCACUGUUGAUACGGGAUUGGGGAACAUCAUUUCCUGGUAUCACCUAACAUUGAAAAGGGCUACCUAUGCAUUUUCCUCUACACAGCACAAGUGCCUUUUUCUGUUGAAUGUCAAUAUGAAUGUACUACUGUACAAGUAUGUAACAUUUCUAUUUUUAAAGCUGUGAUUGGAUGCCUAAAUGAAUGAUGUUAUCUUGCAUUAGCAUAUCUUCAUAUCUGAAUCUAAUUAGGUGGCAAUUAGGGAUAAGAAACCCUUAUGUUGGUUUUGCAGGUACCAAUGGGAUAGCCCCCCAUGUGUGACAGGAAAAAAACAUAUUUAUUGAAUUCAGUCUUUGUGCCUUAACUGAUUCUUUUUAUAUUUAUCUUAACUUUUUAAACUGUAAUUUUAGUAGAAAUAUUAAAUCUUUCAAAUAAACCUUUA